GAUAAAUAAUUUUUUUCAAUUUUCCACCAUGAGAAUCAUUUAUUGGGAGUCGUAACCAAUUUAUUUUAGAAAUCUAUUAUUUUACAAAAAAAAUGGGGUUCACGAAAGUUUAAACAAUUUCAAUGAUUUAUUUAUAACCAACUGCUAUUUUCAAAAAUAAUAAUUCAGUGUAAAAUAUAACUUGACCACCGCUGAAUAUUCACGACUUGUUCACCGUUUUCUCCCGCAAAUAUUUAAUCCACAAAUGUGAUGCCUGAAAAUGUUUAAAAGACACUUACAGGCGAGACCCCCCCAACCAGCGACGUAAUUAGAAAUCCCCUGGUGGUGGGGGCGGCCCUCACCCCGGAAUACCCCUGUAGCGACUGCUGCACUUCCACACACGCACAGACACGCGCUGAGGAGCAAUCACCGAUAGACGAGCCCUAUCUCGCUCUAAUCCUCCGAAUAUCUCGCUCUCUCAAAUAUCACGCGUUUACCUGCUACCCAAAUUAUUAAUCCGCACUGACCAGUGAGUCAGUCAGUCACAGUUCGUCUCCGAGUUCUACUCGGGACUCACUUAUACGUAUUCAUCUAUCUAUUGUAUAUUAUAAUUAACGCGAUUGUAAAUAUAUUACGAUUCAGUAUUUUGAAUACUUUGUUAGUAAUUGUGCAACCCUUUCCUAACUCAUCACGAUUACUACACCCCCCCCCCCCCCCUGCCCCCUCGCCGCUACCAACAGUGGAUAAAGCCUCCCACAAAGAGAAGAAAGGACUUGGCACAGUCGACGCAGUAGUCCAAGCAAAGCCCGAAAGAGUGGGGAUAGCUCUCCGGAAUGCAUGGCCUGCGUCUCUUUAACUCCAGUGUUGUGAGUCGACCAGCUGUUGCCUGACGUCACCGUGAAAACGUACGACUCGAAUAACUGCGUCAAAAGUCGUCUGUUCCUCGAAUCAAUCCGAAAAGAGAGAGGGGUCUCCGUCACCGAGAUCUCCCAUUGCCAAAUCACCCCCGAAUCCCAGGCCGAGUGGAAAAUCCGUGCGAGUCAGACAGACGGGCGAAAAAAAAAGUAUUAACAGCGCGAAAGAAAAAUAAAUAGUUCAACGCGUGCGCAUUUAACCCCGACAUAAACAUCGAGGCUCUUUCUCUCUCGGUGACGAAACCAUCGGCCUCUCCCCCGUUUUUAGUGAAAAAUCAAAACAAUCAAAAUGGCGGAGCAAAGUGGUGAGGCCUCGUCGUCGAGCAGUGUGACUGAGGCACCAGCGACUGCCCAGUUGCACGAGGAGUUGGAUAAAAUCAAGGAGCUACUCGAGCCGGAGAAGAAGAAACGCAAAUUGUUGAGGGGCGAUGGCAAAAGUGAGCAGAAACUUGAGCACCGAUUGGGGGGGAUACUCUGCUGCGCCGUUUGCCUCGAUCUUCCUAGGGCGGCGGUUUACCAGUGUACCAAUGGACACUUGAUGUGCGCUGGGUGCUUCACUCACGUACUGGCUGAUGCGAGACUACGCGAUGAGCUUGCAACAUGUCCAAAUUGUAGGAUUGAGAUAAGUAAGACAUCGGCGUCCCGCAAUUUGGCGGUGGAAAAAGCUGUCUCGGAAUUGCCAGCCGAGUGUCAAUUUUGCGCUAAGGAAUUCCCGAGGAAUUCCUUGGAGAGACAUGAGGAGUCUAUGUGCGAGGAGAGAAUAUCAAGUUGCAAAUACAGCAGGAUUGGCUGCCCAUGGCGUGGCCCUAAUCACGAGAGUUCGGAGCACGAGACCCACUGCGUUCAUCCGCAUCGCACUGGCUCUGACGUAAUGGAGGCAUUACGUGACAUUGACGCCCGCACCCUGGAGGAACGCAGGCUCUAUGACAAUGUCUUUGAUCUCCUCUCGUACGAGAAAAUCACGUUCAAUGAUCUGCAGAUGAAGCCAUAUCGCACUGACGAAUACGUUCACAAAUUGUUCUACGAGACAUCGCGUUUCAGUGCAUUCAACAAUCAGUGGGUAGUAAAAGCGAGGAUUAAUAACAGCCAACGCGAUCCCACUCAGAGUUCAGAACGUGACAUGACUUAUCAACUGAUCUUGAAGACGAAGACGACCUACCCCCUCUCCCUUCAUUAUCUGAUACUGAAGGGGCCCUUUGGUGAUAUGAAAGUAAAACCACGCAUUCAUCGUUUUGACUUCACUGAUUCGGACAAUGAGAGCCCCUAUCUACCAUUACCACUUCCAGACACCAACGAGUGCAACAGACUCUUGGCAGCAAAGGCAAUCAAUUUCCGGCUCAUUAUGUUUCUCGCGUCAAAGUAGUCCGCUGAAUUACCACCGAAGAUCCUGCCGUUAGAACAAAGCAAAGAAGAAAUAUAUAUUUAUUAUAUAUACAUGACUAGAUCUACUGUCUAAAUUCCGGAUCUAUGGAAAAAGCUGGAGGAAUCCUCAGACGACGAUGAAGAGAAAUUUUCUGGUUAAAUGUACAAUAGUUCAUAAACUAAAAAAAACACUAAAGAAAGAAACAAUUUCCAAGGAACAUUGUCUCGACACUAAUUUCGGAUCUAGAGCUUAGUGAACAGAGUAACAUUUUAUUUUAUUUUUUAUUAUUUUAUAAGCUGAGUGCAAAGUGCUUAAGCACACGUAGACGAUUAACUUUUUGAUACGAUUGCAAUGGCCCCAGGUUUCAAUAUUUCAUUUUAGAAUAGAUCAUUUUCUUUGAGAGCAAAGAAUUUUUUUUUUUAUUAUAAAGAUAUUUAUUAGAAAUUUUUUUCUAAAUGAAGUUGACUUCGACGUUUCGCUACCAAAUUGAUAAUUAUGGAACUGUAUCUUCUCUGAUGACAAUAAUGAAUGUACAGUUUCCCCAAGUGAAAAUGGAACGAAAAUUUUUGUUCAAUAUUUCGAAAUAACUUUUCGACGAAUGUUAAAAUCUAGAGCCAUGAAAAUCGCUGUCACUGCACUAUCACUAUGAUUUUUUAGACUAAAUUACCAUUUAACAAUUAUAUUUUUUGUUUUUUCUUGUUUUCUGGUAGACUGAUAGGUGAACUCGUCUUUCCUAAUUUUUAUAGUGAUAUAGUUUUCUCUGGACCGCCUAUUGGAAGAAUUUAAGUAAAAUUAUGGAGUGUUUUUCCUUUCUUAUUCUAUUUUUUUUUAUUAGAAAAUUUGAAGAUAUUUUAUUCAUAGGGCUUAUCUGCGCCGCUCAGAGCCGUUUACAUUUAGCAUAUGUCAUAGGUGAAGCUCUAUCUUCUAUGAUUAAUGUAACUGAAAUUUGAAUAAAGCAAAUCUCAUUAAAUAUA